AAGAAAGAGUGAUGGGAAAUAGAAAUUAAAAAUUUUGGGGCAAACCCCAUCAUUUCCACUUCUUUUGAUGAACUUUACAUUAUUUUUUUAUUUCUUUUUUUGGGUUUAUUUUUUUGUUUGAAAGGUUCAUCAUUAGCCUGAGAGGGUUUUGUCUGAUUAUUCUUUGCCUUUUGAAGUCACCCCUUUAGUUUUUAGUUUGUUGAGUUCCUGAUAUAUCCUUCACAAUGCUUUGACUAUUUACCAUUGACAUACAUUUAUGGUCUAUUACUUUAUUAGCUUUAGUUUCUUUGAGAUUUCACAGUAGUUAAAGUUAACCCCUAUCUAAGGCUUUAUCAUGUAGAUAGGUAAGGUUGCAUUAUAUUUCUUCUUUUGAUGUGCCAGUCAGUCUCAAUAAUAGGGUUGUAUGAUGACAGAGAGAAAGAGCCAGUGAUGGGCACUGUACACUGACCUUUGAAAUAUUCACGUUCCUCCAAACUAUAUUAUUAUUAUUAUUGUAUAUAAAAGUAGUAUUUAGAUGUUAGAUGUGGAUUUUGAUGCCCUUGAAUUCCCACUUGCUCCCUUUUCUACUUUUUUAAAAAUCUAUGGGCUCUUGUGGGGAUGGUUAAUGAUGGCUAUGCAUCAGUUAAGAUCCUGUUUUGCGAAAUGUUGUUGUAAUUUGAUACACCAUUUUUACUUAAUUUAACAUCUUACUGAUAACAACUUGAAUAGUGCUGGGAAUACAUGAGAUAAAUGAUUUUCUGGUAUAUUGCUUGGUGCUGCUAUGGUUUAUAAAAAGAGGAAGCACGAAUUACUCUGCUGUGAUUGUAUUUAAGAAAACCUGUUCGAUAUGCCUGACAUCGAUGGAACUAGGUCAAGGCCAUGCCAUUUUCACAGCAGAAUGCUCCCAUUCUUUCCACUUUCACUGUAUAGCUUCUAAUGUAAAACAUGGAAAUCAGAUUUGUCCAGUUUGCAGAGCAAAAUGGAAGGAAAUCCCCUUUCAGAGGCCUGCUUCUCAUCUUCCCAAUGGAAAAUCUAGAAUCAAUCCAGCAGAUUGGCCCCGGGAUGACGCCUGGGCUGUUAGAAGCCUACCUUCCCCUAGAUUAGAUUCAACUAGGCACGUUUCUUCACUAUUCCAAGCCUCUGAGCCAGGAACCUUUGAUGAUGAUGAAGUCCUCGAUCAGCAGCAAGAGAAUCCUCAACAAAAUGUCUUUGAAAAGGAUGCUUCUACGAAUAAUUCCAUUGGAGCAAUAGAAGUUAAGACAUAUCCCGAAGUUUCAGCCGUUCCAAGAGCUAACAGUCACAAUAAUUUUGCCAUACUAAUCCAUCUCAAGGCUCCCCACUCAAGUGGAGGGCUAAAUAGCAGAAACCAAACUAUAUUUUCCCCCUCAACUCAAAAUUCUCGUGCCCCAGUUGACCUUGUCACUGUCCUUGAUGUUAGUGGUAGCAUGGCCGGUACCAAGCUUGCAUUGCUAAAACGAGCUAUGGGGUUUGUGAUACAGCACCUUGGACCCUCCGACCGUCUGUCUGUAAUAGCAUUCUCUUCCACAGCCCGUCGCCUCUUUCCUCUUCGUCGGAUGACUGAGACUGGACGGCAGGAAGCGUUGCAGGCUGUUAACUCUCUUACUUCAAAUGGUGGGACAAAUAUUGCUGAAGGGCUUAGGAAAGGUGCGAAGUUGAUAGUGGAUCGGAAAUGGAAGAACCCGGUUGGAAGCAUCAUACUGUUAUCGGAUGGGCAGGAUACUUAUACUGUCUCAAGUCCUAGCGGAUCUCAUUCCCGGACUGAUUAUAAAUCACUUAUUCCUCCCUCGAUUCAGCGCAAUGGUGGGACGGGUCUCCGUGUCCCUGUGCACACCUUCGGGUUUGGUGCAGAUCAUGAUGCUGCUUCAAUGCAUUCGAUUUCUGAAAUAUCUGGGGGCACCUUUUCAUUCAUAGAAGCUGAGGGUGUCAUCCAAGAUGCUUUUGCUCAAUGCAUUGGGGGGCUUUUAAGUGUGGUAGUGCAGGAGGCAUGCGUUAAACUGGAGUGUGGUCACCCAAACUUGCUAAUCAAUUCGAUAAAGGCUGGGAGUUAUCAAACCAGUGUGACGGCUGAUGCUAAAGCAGGUUCUAUUGAUGUAGGAGACUUGUAUGCUGAAGAAGAAAGAGACUUUUUGGUGACGGUCAAUGUUCCAGUUGAUGAAUCCUGUGAUGAGAUGUCAUUGCUGAAGGUUAGAUGUAUUUACAGAGACCCCAUAUCAAAAGAAAUGGUGUCAUUGGAAGAAGACAAUGAAGUAAAGAUCCAGAGGGCAACAGUAAUAGGACAACCAAUAGUGUCAAUGGAGGUAGACAGGCAGCGAAACAGGCUCCGUGCUGCAGAGGCAAUGGCUGAGGCAAGAGCCGCUGCUGAGCAUGGUGAUCUAACUGGUGCAGUCUCUCUGCUCGAGAGUUGUCGCAGGGCUUUAUCAGAAACAAUUUCUGCACGGUCUGGUGACAGGCUAUGUGUUGCAUUGUGUGCUGAGCUAAAGGAGAUGCAAGAAAGAAUGGCAAACCGUCGUGUGUAUGAGUCAUCUGGAAGGGCUUAUGUUUUGUCAGGUUUGAGCUCACAUUCCUGGCAAAGAGCGACUGCACGAGGCGAUUCCACCGAUAGUACAAGCCUUAUUCAAGCUUACCAGACCCCUACCAUGACAGACAUGGUGACUCGUUCUCAGACCAUGUUCUUUGGGAACCCACCGCAGCGAAAGCUUCGACAAGCUCAGUCAUUCCCAGCGCGUCCACACCCACGGCAAACGUAAGCUUCUUUGACAAGCUCAGCUCAGUCCAUUCCCAUCAUGUCCACAGCCAAGGUAAAUCAUUGGCGAAGUCUUGGAAAAUUAUCCUCAACCUAUCAUUUCCUAUAUCCAAUAACCUUUUUGUGUUGUGGAAAAUUUACAUUUUAAUUUUUGUGGCUUGGGGAAAGCAGGGUGUAAAAUGGAGUAAUAGAAAGAAACGAGGCUUGGUGUCUUUUUCAACUGGUGGGUAUAUUUUCUUGUUCUGAUAUGUGAAGUAAUAAAAACUUGUAGACCAUUGAAAUGACUGGUUCGGGAUUGGGAGAUUAAUGGAGGUGAGGAAAAGGGAGAAUCUGGGAGUUUAGUUGUUUACCUAUUUUGCUAAUGGAGCAUUGUACAUAGGGAGCAAUGGUUUCCUUUGUCCUCAAAACAAGGUAUAGCCAUGUAAUUGUGGGAUACUUUGGGGUGAAUUCUUCACUUAAAUAUAUAUGAUAUGGUGGUGGUAUAUCUGUUUUUUA